ACUACGCUGCGCCUCAUCAGCGUCCAUCGACCCGGGCACUUCCGGCGCGACCGGCUGAGUAUUGUCACCCUCCCAGCGGCCGCUGAACCUUGCCAACUACCAAGCGCCUGCUGCUUCUCCCGCGGCCACGCCAUGGAGCGUCUUGAUAAAGUGGCGCUGAAUGCGCUGCAUCCUCCAGAGUUCAGAAAUGAAAACUCUUUAGCUUCAACCCUGAAGACACUCCUCUUCUUCACAGCUUUAAUGAUCACACUUCCUAUUGGGUUGUAUUUUACAACGAAAUCCUAUAUAUUUGAAGGUGCCCUUGGAAUGUCCAAUAGAGACAGCUACUUUUAUGCUGCAAUUGUUGCUGUUGUUGCUGUUCAUGUGGUUCUGGCCCUGUUUGUCUAUGUGGCCUGGAAUGAAGGGUCACGACAGUGGCGUGAAGGCAAACAGGAUUAAAGUGAACAUCACCUUUUGAUAGCAUGAAACUUAUUUUUAAAUACUUCUGGGAUAUUGAUAAUAAAUACAUUUUGUUUGAAUAAAAUUAAAAUAACAUAUUAAAAUCAGUCUUAAGGAGUCAGUCUCAUUUGGCUAAAUUUUGACUCAUCAAAUAAUAUGGUCACUUUGCACUUCUAAUCUCCAUUUGCAAAUGAAAAUUUGUAAAAGUUAAAUACGUACAAAUGUAUAUGUUAAAUGAGCUAUAUGUUAAAUGAAGAAUUUAAUUAUCUUACAACAAAAAAUUAUAGCAAUUUGGCUUAUGCUUGCUUUUUAGUUGUAUUUAUUUGGGUUUACUAAGAAACAGUGAAGCUAUUCUAACUUUCCUUUUUUACUGGAGGACUUUUCUGGAAAAUAGUAGGCCUUUGGAUUUGAGAUUCUAAUUUCCUGUGGAAAGUUACUUAAAUUGUAGGCAUUUUAGUUAAUCUGAAUGUCACUGAAGAAAGAUAACUCUUACAUUCCAUUAUUUAAUGGGGAAAGGCACUAAAAUCACACCUACUUAUAUAAACGGAUUUAGGAUUACCUAUGGCAAAGAAUUAAGCUGACUGCCAGCAUUGUGAUUAUCAUAGUAACGUGCCCUCCUUUUGCCUUGAAAUUAGGCUUCAUUCAUGAAGUUUAUUGAAAUAUUGUUUAAUGUAUUGUCCUGCUUUAAAAUGAAUAGUGUGUGAUAAGCAUUAGAAUGCCAAAAUAAAAAAAAAUUCCAAAAUAUUCAGCAUUCACACACUCAGAGUGUAUUCAGUCUUGAAACCUCAUAUUUCUAAAUGAGAUUUUCUUGGAGUUUUUUUGUCUGUUAAUCCGUUUUUUGUUUGUUUGUUUUAAUGAGAGUUAAAUUACAUCCUGUAUUUAUAGAUAAUCCUCGAAGUCUUUUUUAAUGAGAACACCCCUGCCCCAGAAGAAAAAGCCCUGUUACCUCGCUUCAGUACCUUCAGACAGAACAUGUGGUAGUAUGUAUGUAUAAUCUAAAACUACUGUCCCCCAAAUAUUUAUUUCUUGUUAAAAGACUGUAAUAUAUACUCUGUAAAACACUGGAAAAAUACAUGUAAAAAAGUAAAAAUUGGCCCAUAAUAUUACUCUCUGCAGGUUAUCAGUAGUUUAGUUCACAACCCCUGUCCCGUUUUGAAAGAUACUUCUUAAUGCUGAUUCCACAUACACUACAACCUUGGUUUAAGAUUAGAUCUUGCCAAUUUCACCAAAGAUCUGUUUGCAGUUUUUCAGAUGUGUGAUAAUUGCCUAUUGUCUUAUAAAGCACAUACUAUCUUUAUUCUAAAAUUUACAUUUCAAUGUUUUUACCAUAAAGAAAUAAAAAUUUGAGAUGAUAACCCAAUUUGAAUACUAUAUAAUGUGCAUAUAUCAGAACAUUACAUGGCACCCCGUAAGUAUGUAUGCUUUUGUUUUUGUAUAUCACUUAAAUUUAAUUGUGAAAAUGAAGAAAGUUCAAAUACCUGUUACUGAUUAUAGUGAUAUAAUGAAAGGCCCCUGAUUAGAUGUUUGUCAUGAUUGAUUUGUUUGUAUGCUGUUCUUUUCAUGCUGUGGAACUAGACUAGAGAAAUAGGUUCAUUAGGUGUCAAAAUAUGUGUUUGUGUUAUAUUAUUGUUUUAAAACAAGGUUAAUAUGAUUAUUAAAGGACUGUUCAUAAUUCUUAAAUUUAGCUGUAUGUAUAGUUUGUAUUUAAAACUGAGUGUUCUAAAUUUAAGGGUUUUUAUUUAGUAAAGAUUGCAGUUUUUAGUAUGAUAUUUGAGUCUCAGACAUUGUGUGCUGGAUUUCUAGAUGGUUCCCUUAUUAGGUGGCCUAUUGUAUUUAGAAUUGUCCACUCAGUUUCUUUUUAUAUAAUGCCGAGGCUUUUUUUCUUGUAUUUUAGGAAUAAUGUAUAUUUGUAAAAUUUACUGUUGGGUUAUUUUGUUUUAUUUCAGACAUUUGCUAACUAAUGGUACAGGUCUUUGUAUGUAGUUUAAACAGGGACACAUGAAAACACAUGUAAUUUUCCCUUGGGAAUAAAGUACAAUGUGUUUGAACAUUAAAAUAAAAUAUUCACAUUGAUAUUUAGAGUUAUUGCAAAAUAGAUUUGUUUUGAAGUAGUUAUUUUUUUCUAGGAUUUCAACUGCUCAGUUACGAGUUUGACGCCAUUAGCUAUGUUAAUGAAUGUGGUAUUUCCCAAAUAGACUUUUUUUUUUUCGAGGUUUUUAACUAGUUUCUUGUAGCACAAAGUACAUAUUUUUUUGUGUUAGAAGAAAAGCUACAGUUGAACCAUUAAGUGUUUUCUGGCAGGAAUAUAUUCAUUGAUGUUCAAAACCUGAUUGUAAUGGUAAUCUCAAUUAGUGAACAUAACUCGAAGUGUCAGUGCAAGCCACUUAUUUAACCCCUUUAACUGUAACAGUACCUUCUUCACCUUCUGAUUUGACCCCUGAAUAAUCUUUUCUCCCAGUGCUGAAAAACAGAAAUCUGCUGUAGGAUGCAUCUGUGGAUGCCACUUCACAUAUUAGAGGUAGCAAUGACAGUAAAGAAUUUUAAACCUGCUAUUCAAAAUAACUGGGUGUUUCAUGGGAAUCUAACAGUAAUUAUAGUAACUUGAAAGUUUAAAUCAGAAAAGUCAUACUGAGCCAACUGCAGUAGCAUUACUCAGGAAGCAUAUGCAGGACGAUCAGGAGUUCAAGGCCAUCCUGAGGAUUCAUGAGACCAUCUCAAAUCAACAAUAACAACUCUACAAAAACAAAAAGACAAAACCCAACCAAUUUGGCACUUAUCAAAAGAAGCAACCAAUGGGCUUGUGUUUAUUUUCAUAUAAAUCUUAAUGUAGACAAGACAUUCAGAUGGGUCAGUAAAAGUAUUUAGACAAGUAAGAUAAGUAAGAUGUACCCAAGGAAGGUUAAAGUUGAAGGUGCAUGAAAGAAAGGAUUAAAAUCCUGUUUUACAUGCAUUCACUUUAUCUCUAGACAGUUUUAUACUUAGUAUCUAAGCAUAGUAAAUUUGUAGACUUCUUAGGACAAUUUGAUAAAUAAUUCAGUGAUGAUACAGUAUUUGUCACUUGUCUUAGGCCAAUGGCAGGUUUCUUUACUGUCAAGUGCUGUAUGUUAUUCACUGGCAAAAUACACAACUAUCUCACUCCUAGGUUUUAAAUUCAUUUUCACCAGAGUUCUGCUGGAGUAUACUCGAAUGGCAUGACAAAACUUUUUUCAGGGAGAUGGAGUUACCUUAAAAAUACAUUACUUUAAGAGACAUUGAGAACCUACCCAUCAAUGCAUAAACUGUGAAUAACUUAAACCUUUAUUCCUUACAAAAGUCCAGAAUCUCCAUAUCGCUGCCGGCCACACUUACACCUGUGUUAAUUGCUUUAUGUGCUUGAAGUAUCUGUUCUUUUUAAGAUGUUCUGUAAGUCAUAUUGUCAGUUGUACAAUCUAGUCUUCCUUCCAUGUUUGGUGAAAUCUUACCGAACAGGAAUAAUAGCAAUAGCUAACAACAUCUGCACAGCACCUUACAGUUUGCAAAGAAAUUCACAUGUUCUUGUCCAAGUUUUGCAUAGUGAACAUGUUACAGAGAUGUCCCUUGAUGUCAAUGCUAAGUGUUAGAAUUUUCAGUCACCAGUGUCACUGGCCAUGCUGUGGCACUGAGGUGGGGUGGGUUUUGGGGUGCCAAUGUGCUGUCUGUAAAGCUUGUGUCAUCACAGUGGGGCCUGGAUAUCUUAGCCACUUACAUCAGACUGACUUGUUAAGUGAUGUUUUUCUAGUCUUUACCUGAAUGGGUUUUGUAUUCAGUAUAUUAUAUCCUGUAAUUUAUAUUAAUUUACUAUCUUGUCAUUAAAGUAUCUGUAAUGCUA